AUGGGAUCAGCUACCAUGAAAGCUGCUAGUAGUAGCAUUUUUUGCACUUGUCUUUUAUUCUUGAUCAUCAGCUUCAGCUCUAGCUAUGCUAGCCCUUCAUACUCCUCUAAGGCCAUGAAGGGAGCUUACUACCCCUCAUGGAAAGUUGCAGAAUUUCCGCCAUCCGCCGUAGAUACAACCUUAUUCACUCACAUCUACUACGCAUUUCUCAACCCCAAUGCCUCAACCUUUAAGUUCGACAUAGAUGCCUCAACAGCAAACCUUCUCAUCGACUUCACAUCAACUCUUCACUCCAAAAAUCCACCUGUCAAGACACUUCUCUCAAUUGGCGGAGGAGGCGCUGGUCCGACUACAUUUUCCCGCAUGGCCUCGACUCCAGCCUCUCGCAGGAGCUUCAUCCUCUCCACCAUAGAAGUAGCACGGAAAUACGGCUUCGAUGGAUUCGAUCUCGACUGGGAGUUCCCUCAAAACGCACAGGAAAUGAACGAUUUAGGCAGUCUAUUCGACGAAUGGAGAGCUGAAAUCGUAAAAGAAUCCAAAGCAACACAGCGACCUCAGCUCUUGCUCUCCGCAGCAGUUUAUUUCUCUUCAACCUUUUUCCUAUCUGCAACACCAAGAACUUACCCAAUAGCUUCAAUCAACAAGAACUUAGAUUGGAUCAAUGCCAUGUGCUAUGAUUAUCACGGCUCCUGGGAACCUACAAUCACAGGUUCCAAUUCAGCAUUAUUUGACCCCAAAAGUAACAUCAGUACUAGCUAUGGAUUGGGAUCGUGGAUCAAGGCAGGGAUUUUGAGGAGCAAAUUGGUGAUGGGUUUGCCGCUUUAUGGCAGAACAUGGACUCUGAAGGACCCUAGCGUCCAUGGCGUGGGAGCACCAGCAGUUGGUGUUGGUCCUGAGGGCGAUGGUGGAAGUGGGAUUUUGUUAUAUUACGAGGUCGAGGAGUUUAAUAAAAAGAACAAUGCCACAGUUGGAUUUGAUGUGGCUACUGCGUCUACUUAUUCAUUUGCAGGAACUGCAUGGGUUGGAUAUGAUGAUAGUAGAUCUACAGCAGCAAGGAUUGGAUAUGCUCAGGCUCUCAGGAUUCGUGGUUACUUCUUCUGGGCUUUGAGCUUUGAUCUAGACUGGAAGAUAUCCAGAACAGGUACAUAA